CGGGGUGACAAGCAGGUCCUGGGUACCUGAAAAUGAGAGAGGUUUUCCUCAGUGAGGCCUGACAUCAUCACCCCCACAGGCAGCAGAGACCCACCCUGAGAUGAAAUGACUGCCAGCCCUGGGGCAGAGUUUCCAGGCAGCCACUGCACUGACUCUGGGGCCAUUGCAUGUCCUGGUCCUAGACGCAACUAGAGAAACCUGGACGACCUUGGCUUCAAGGAACAGGAAGAUAUGGGCACCAAGAAACUCACAGAAGGUUUGUCUUCUAAUGAGACUCACUGCCCCCAAGAGCAAAAGCAGAAGCCCCAAACACUGGAGCCAGUCACAAUCCAGGAUGUCACUGUGCUUUUCUCGGAGGCAGAAUGGGAGACACUGAGCUCUGAGCAGAAGACCCUGUACAGAGACGUGAUGCUGGAGAUCUACAGGAAUCUGCUCUCUCUGGAACCAAAGUCAGAAAUCUACUCCUAUUCCUCCUGCCUCCUGGAUUUCUCCUGUGAGCAAUUCCUCAGGCAACACAUGCUUCAGAUCUUCCCCGAUUUGUGUGCAGAGAAUCACUUCCGUCCAGGAGAUGCCAGCCCAGGGCAGUCAGCGCAUCAAGAGUCUGCUGAGAACUGCACUAGUGAAAACACAGAAGGAUGGCAGAGAGAAGUUUCCAAACCUUUGUGUGGGAGCACAGGAGAGAGAGCGACCUCAGGGGCAUUCUCCAGCCUGUCCCAAGUAGGGUCAGCAAGCCCCAGAGAAGGCAACACGGUGAUAGGAAUGGAGGCCAAUUCUGCCCAAAGAGGAAACAACUAUGUGGACAUAGACAGUAAUUUGAAGAGAUUAGCAACCCCAAGAUUUGGAGUACUAAGUGUUAGAGAGGAUGAGCCAGACAGUAGCCUGAAAUCAAACUUCACAAACCAGAGGGUCCCUUCCCAGGAGAAGCCACAUUUAUACAGUGAGUGUUGCCAAGGCCUUACCCUGAAAUCCUUUUUCCUUAGUCAACAGAGGACACACUCAGGUGAGAAACCUUACAUGUGUCAGGAGUGUGGGCGAGCCUUUAGCUAUAAGUCAAAUCUCAACAAACACCAGAGGACACACUCAGGGUGGAAACCCUUUGUGUGUCAGGAGUGUGGGCGAGGCUUUAGCCAAAAGUCAACUCUCAUCUGUCACCGGAGGACACAUACAGGUGAGAGACCUUAUAUAUGUCAGGAAUGUGGGCGAGGAUUUAGUCAAAAGGCAACUCUGAUCAUACACCAGAGGACACACUCAAGGGAGAAGCCACAUGUGUGCAAAGAGUGUAGGCGAGCCUUUAGCCAAAAGUCAAGUCUCAUCGCACAUCAGAGGACACACUCAGGGGAGAAACCUUACAUGUGUAAGGAGUGUGGGCGAGCAUUUAGCUAUAAGUCACAUCUCAAUGUGCACCAGAGGAUACACACAGGUGAGAGACCUUAUAUAUGUCAGGAAUGUGGGCAAGGCUUUAGCCAUAAGUCAACUCUCCGCUUACAUCGGAGUACACACUCAGGGGAGAAACCUUACAGGUGUAAGGAGUGUGGGCGGCACUUUAGCCAUAAGUCAUAUCUCAAAACGCACCAGAGGACACACUCAGGGCAGAAACCCUUUGUGUGUAAAGAGUGUGGGCGAGCCUUUAACCAACAGUCAACUCUCAUCAUACACCGGAGGAUUCACACAAGUGAGAGACCUUAUAUAUGUCAGAAAUGUGGGCGAAGGUUUAGCCAAAAGGCAAAUCUCAGCUCACAUCAGAGGAUACACUCAGGGGAGAAGCCACAUGUGUGCACAGAGUGUGGGGCAGCCUUUCGCCUUAGGUCAAAUCUCAGCACACACCAGAAGACACACUCAGUGGAGGAGCAACUGGUGUGCAAGGAGUGUGGGCGAGUCUUUCAUUACAAGUCAGCUCUCAAUAUACACCAGAAGACACACUCAGGUGAGAAACCUUACACUUGUAAGGAGUGUGGGCAAAGCUUUAGCUCUAAGUCAUAUCUCAGGAAACACCAGAGGAUACACUCAGGUGAGAAGCCACAUGUGUGCAAAGAUUGUGGGGCAGCCUUUAUCUGGAAGUCAGAUCUCAAACAACACCAGAGGUCACACUCAAGGGAGAAGCCAUAUGUGUGCAAGAAUUGUGGGGCAAACUUUAUCUGGAAGUCCAGUGUCUACAAACACCAGCGGUCACACUCAGGGGAGAAGCCACAUGUGUGCAAAGUGUGUGGGCGAGGUUUUGGCCAAAAGUCAACUCUCACCAAACACGAGAGGACACACUCAGGAGAGAAACCUUACAAGUGUAAGGAGUGUGGAAGAGCCUUUAGCCAACAGUCAACUCUCAUCAUACAUGAGAGGACUCAUUCAGGGGAGAGGCCACAUGUGUGUAAGGACUGUGGGCAUGGCUUUAGGCAGAAGUCAAAUCUCAUCAGACACCAAAGGACACACUCGGGGGUGAAGGCUUAGAAAUGUGGGGUGGAAAGGGAGAACCAAUUACAGGGAUCUACGUAUAGCCUCCUCCCUG